AUGCUUGCUCCAUCUCCUCCGUUGAGCAUGUACCCUCCAAUGCUCCCCACCCCUCCGCCCUCUCCGCCUAUCACCCGCUGUUAUGCGCCAGAAGACCGUUUGGGACUGCUCUUGGCCAACCGGCUGGAGCUGAUUGGAAUCCUGGGAGUAGGUGCUUACGGUGUCGUCUACACAGCCAUUGACAUCCAUACCAAUGUGAUGUAUGCGGUCAAGGCCCUCAACAAAGCUGGACUAGAUCCCCGCCAGCUCAAGUUUCAGCAGCGCGAGAUUAAGUUGCACCACAUGGCCAGUCAACACCCCAAUGUGGUUUCCUUGGUCCGCAUAAUGGAUUCCGUCGACUGCACCUAUGUAGUCAUUGAGUUCUGCCCCGAAGGUGACCUGUUCUCCAGUAUCACGGAGAAAGGCAACUUUGUGCACAAUGACCCCUUGGUCAGACGGGUGUUCCUCCAAAUUCUGGAUGCUGUUCAAUAUUGCCAUAACAUUGGAAUCUACCACCGGGAUCUCAAGCCGGAAAACAUCCUGGUCACCGACCAGGGUUUGACCGUCAAGCUUGCUGACUUCGGCCUUGCUACCACGGAUGCCUGUACGUCGGAUUUCGGUUGCGGGUCGACUUUCUACAUGUCACCAGAAUGCCAGCAACCAAAUCCCCGCCCUAUGUCAUGGUAUGAAUCCGCUCCCAAUGAUGUCUGGAGUCUGGGCGUAAUCUUGGUCAACCUGACCUGUGGCCGCAACCCCUGGAAGCGUGCCUCUCCCGAGGAUUCCACAUUCCGGGCCUACCUGAAGGAUCCGUACUUUCUCAAGUCCAUUCUUCCUUUGACCGAUGAGAUGAUCUGUAUCUUGAGCCGCAUCUUCGAGUGCGACCCAAGAAAGAGGAUCACCAUUCCGGAAUUGCGCACCAUGAUCUUGGAAUGCCCGCAGUUUACCAUUCCUCCCUGGGGUUCCAUGAACGGGCCAAUGCCGGUCGGCUUUGUCAAUAACCCACAGGUCCCUGUGCACCACAUCCCUUCGGAUGUCUAUGAUUCGCAGUCCUCCGUCUCUUCUGGCUCCUCCCAUUAUUCCGACUCGUUGCAGUCAGCGGUGUCGGAUGCGUCCUCGUUCACGGAGGGCUACCCCGACGGACUGGCCACGGCCAGGACAGACUUUGCCGCCUCCUCGGGCGAGGCAGGUCUUCCCAAUGGGAUAUCCGGGUACGUCUGCUUCUGCUCGCCCACGCCGCCCUGGCGCGACUCCAACUGCUUUCCCGGGAUGCCCAGCGCCACCUUGGUGCCAUCCGGUGUGGUAAUGAACGCGCCCUUCUCCUUGGCCGCUGUCAGCCGGGUCUGCACAUGGCCAAAGGCAAUCGUGUUCGACCGGACCCCGAACGCGGGACCCCAUUCUUUGGCGAUGGUCCUGGUGAGUCCAACCACUCCGGCCUUGGCGAGGGCGUAG